AUCCUGAAGUGGGUGGUGGUGGUUUAGACAACUCGGAUGAGGGUUAUGUGUCCCAAGCCGCGCUUGGCCGCACCCCAGAGUCACCAGAGGAACCGGUUAAACAACGCCGCCACUCCGCCAGCAUGGUAAGAGAAAGCGUAUACAUCGAGCCCUCAAAGCUCAAACUCGCCCCACCGCCCCCAAUUCACGUUCGAAGCUCGACGGCAAUAUUUUCAGGCAGACCGCCAACCGCCCAGGGAAAUGAAUCCAUCACGCCGGUUGCACGCGACCGCUAUGGCUUCAAGAAGGCCACGCAAAACGUAACAGCUGAUCAGUACGAUGUCUGGAAUCUGGAAUAUACGAAUUAUCUUGCUCGCCGACGAAAGAAAUGGGAGGCUCUCAUGAAGCAGCAUAAUUUACCCACCGACAAGCCAACCCGUUUCCCGCCCAGAUCCGACAAGGUGAAGCGGUACAUACGAAAGGGGAUCCCUCCGGAAUGGCGAGGUGCGGCGUGGUUUUGGUAUGCGGGCGGGACCGAGAAACUGACUCAGAACGCCGGCCUAUAUUGGGAUCUUGUAGAGCAGGUUGACCAAGGGAAUUUAAAUGAGACGGACAGAGACCUGAUCGAGCGCGACUUGAACCGGACGUUUCCUGACAACAUUCGCUUCAAGCCUGAUUUUGAUCCAAUAUCAAAUGAUUUGGGCCGAGACUCCGACCCGACACUGUGCUCCGAGACCGCAAUACUCCGAGCCCUGCGCCGCGUCCUGCAAGCAUUCGCAAUUCACAACCCUGGUAUAGGAUACUGCCAAUCGCUCAAUUUCCUCGCCGGACUACUCCUGCUAUUCCUGGACGAAGACGAGGAGAAGGCUUUCCACAUGCUUAGCAUCAUCACCACUGUCCAUCUUCCAGGCACCCACAGCAGAGUCCUCGAAGCAAACGUAGACAUGGGCGUGCUAAUGAGCUGCAUCCGCGAAUCGAUGCCCGCCAUAUGGACUAAGAUAGAUGACGUGCACCUCCUCAACGCUGGGACCCACUUCUCCGCAAAUAACGCGCGACUCCCCACAAUCUCUCUCGCAACAACAGCAUGGUUCAUGUCGCUAUUUGUGGGAAAUCUCCCGAUCGAGACCGUCCUCCGAGUCUGGGACUCGUUCUUCUAUGAAGGCUCAAAAACCCUCUUCCGCAUCUCUCUCGCCAUCUUCAAAGUCGGCGAGCCCGACAUUCGCUCCAUCCACGACCACAUGGAGAUUUUCCAGGUCAUCCAAACGAUCCCCAGACGCCUAGUCGACGCAAACAAACUGAUGGAGGCGUGCUUCCGCCGCCGCAACGGCUUCGGCCACAUGUCCCAGGACACGAUCGACUCGAGGCGCGCGGAGCGACGAAAGCAGCAUGUAGCCGAUAUGGCGAAAAUGAACACACUGAACAGCGUCACAUCUGGCAAGUCUGGCAAAUCUGGCGCUCUUGCACCGCCUGUUGAUGCAGACGAAGAACGGCCGCCCGCGGGUAUGAGACGCUCGGCCUCGAAGCGCUUCAAGCGGAGCAUGUCGCGGAAACGCACCGCGAAGAACCAGAAAGCUUGAGUUUUUCCUUUUUUGCAUUGCAUUGCGCUGGGCUAGGCGGGGGGCGGCAUGUGUGGCGUUUGUUAAAUGUUAUGAAUGAUUGGGAUACGGGCGAUGGGGAAUCCGCAUUGCAUUGGUCUCGGGAGUCUUAAGGACGGGCUGUGAUAUACAUAUGGGUAACACUGAAGUGGGGGAAGGAGUACAUAUAGAAAGGGUCGGCGCUGAUACUGGGCUGUCCACGUACACAAGAAAAUACCAAACGAUGUCAUUUUCUUG